AUGACGGGGAAGAGGUUGGGGGAACUUAGGGAGAGGUACAGUGUACCCCAUAACAUAGAAAUGUUAGUGCCCGAGCUGAACGAGCGGGCCUGCUAUCCGAGGCCCGACAGUAGUACGAGGUUUGAGCUCAGCAGGGAGGAAUUCGAGGUGAUAGAGGACAUUUACAAGAGGCCUCUGAAGCUUCGGUACUUCGAUCACCUGAUUGAUAGAAGCAGAUACUUUUUGGACUUCGAGCUGAUGGCAUCCAGAGACAAAUUCAAAAAGAGGGAGUACCCAGCUCCGGACAUGGCCUCUAUCUUGAAGGCCACUUCUACUGCGAAGGCGAGGCCCCUGAAGCUUGGGUCCAGUGGGGCAAAGGAAGUCCGAGGCAGGGUUGAGCGCCUGUCCAAGGACUGCACUCCCAGAGCUUCGGAGGAGGCAACUACUCAGAGGCCAAAGAAGCCUAAGGAGCCUCGGGGCAAGGAGAAAGUCUCUGAGGAGACUAAGAAGAGGAAGCUGGUGCACAUCUCCAGCUCAGCUGGCAAGUUUGGGACCUCAGUGUCCCAUAGGGCCGAACAGACUGGAGAGCUGAAGCUUCUUGCUGCAGCCUCUAAAGCCAUCAAAAUGGAGAUGGUAAGAGAGGUAGAGGCCGAAGAGGCUAGAGUUGAGGCUGCAAGGCGAGCUGCAGAAGCCACUGAAGAGGAGGCAGCAAAGGAGAAGCCGGUUCGGGAGAAGGGGAAGUCUCCAAACUUCCUAGCUGGGAGGGAGGAAGAGCUGGCCCCAGCCUUGAUGGAGGCUCUCCCUGAGGAAAUCAGAAGUGCCACCGAGAGCUUUUACAAGUUCUGGAUAGAGAGGUGGCAGCUACAUGCCUCGUCUUGUGAUGCCACAGACUUGACAAGGGCACUGGUGAGCCAAAGCGCCCGAAGCUUUGGCCUCGCGCUCGAAUGCAGGGAGGCCUUGAGCGAAUUCCAGACCAGGACCCACGCCUCGGAGGGGAAGGCUGCCUCCCUUGCAGAGGAGGUUAAAACUGCUAAGGUCGAGGCCGAAGAAGCCAACGCCCAGAGGGUUGAAGAGGCAGCGAAGCUUGAGUUUGCUUUGGCCCAAAUUGAGGCCCUAAAGAAGGAAGUAUAUGAGUCACAGUGCGAGUUUCUCGAAGGCCAGGCGAAGUGGUACAUGAACGACGCCUCGGUUUCCAGAGAAGAGGCCCGAACUGCAAGGGAAGAGGCGGUGAAGGAAUACAUCGCCAAUUUCCACACUACAGAGGAGUACAAAAGCUUCAGCUCGUACUGGAGGAACUUCGCCUAUGCCGAAGUGCUAGAGAGGGCAGAGGAGCUGUAUCCCAAUUUGGACCUGGCUCAACUUAGGUCCGAAUUUGUGGAUGAGGUACCUCAGACCCCAGUUGAGGAGGUCCAAGGUGAUGAAGAAGUUGAUGCCGAAGCCCCAAGUGCCGAGGCAGAGAAAACAACUACUGAUGCCCAAGUUGCCGAAGCCCCUAUUGCCGAGGCGCCUCCGUCAUCUAGCCAGGCAUAG